GCAGCGGAGACCAUCUCUCUUCUGUUUAAAAACGUUAGAAGGAUGACGCCAUUCUUCGUCGCCAUUUUCUUGCUCGGCGUUUCAUCCCUGGCCACUGGCGUAAACUUCACUCAGGUCUUCGAGUGGCCCGAAGCAUGGGACUACGAGUGGCCGUCGGAGGAAAGCAGGGCACAGGCCUUGAGAGACGGAACUUUCAAACCAGAGGAAUUUAAUCCUCGUCACAUGGCUGUCUACGGAACAAGGAUCUUCAUCAGCCUGUCUAAAGAAUUUGGUGACGUUCCGGUGACUCUGGUGACCUUGCCGACGAGCAGUGCGUCCUCCGCACCCCCGAAGCUCACUCCAUUUCCUUCGUGGGACAUGCAUCUUAAUGGAUCGGAAAACUGCGACAAGAUCCAAACGGCAGUAGGGCUGCAAGUGGACUCGGUUGGCAGGCUGUGGCUGCUCGAUGAGGGGAACGAGACUUGCAAUUGCAGUGCCAAACUAUGGAUUUUUGACUUAAACAACAAUACAACAGAACUCAUUCAUCGAUUUCCUUUUCACUUCUAUAUUCACGACUUGGUGAUCGACGAAACGGCCAACGGAACCUUCGCAUACAUCGCGCGCUGGAUGGUUAGCCACUUUGUUGUCUUUAGUUUGGAAAGAAAGCAGUCUUGGUUUGUGGACACGUCAGGAAUCGAUGUUUCGUCCAUCGCCCUUUCCCCUAAGGACCAGGAACCGAGGCAGCUCUACAUUGGCGAAUUGCACUCCAAUCAACUGCAUUCAAUUUCCGUCACCGUUCUCCGCAACGGGACUCGAACUGCCAAACCAAAGCUCAUCGGAAACUGGAGUGGACAAAGUGCGUAUAGAAUGGUGAUGGACAACCACGGAACCUUGCACGCCGCCUUCAUGUUUGAGAAUUUCAUGUCCGCUUGGAACACUUCCCAUUCUUUUCAAGAGCAACGUUUUUAUCAGUUGGCUGCACUGAAAUCAGCUUGGCCGUUUAUUUUUUCCUUGGACCAAAAUGGAACUUUUUGGAUGACAGUGUUUGAUGACUCAAGAAUUCCAAGAUCCUGGAAAUAUAACGCUGCAGUCGAUGCAAAAUCUUAUAUCUUCCCCAGAUUGCUCCGGUACGUGUCACAAGGGUGAUACUGCCUAAGGUCAAAAGGUUGGAUGGAAGGGCGAGAACUGCGUCCCACCCACGGCACCUGCGGCCAACCCUGUGGGAGUGCAUCUGCCUGUCCGACUUCCACGCAAAGCUCUGCGACCUCAAAAACGAUUGUAGACUCGCGUAGAGAUUUUAUAGUUUUGGUUAUUAAAUGUUUUGAAGGGUA